AUGCAAAAAGGCUUUUGCAACCCUGCCAAUGAGGAUUUUCGGGGCAUUGUUCUUAGUUCUUGGCGUGAGGAGGUCACUGGAAAUACUAUGCGGAGACUCUUUGCCAAGAUGAAGAGGCUUAAGCCCCACUUGCGUGAGCUCAAUAAGCGCCAGUAUGCUGAUAUUUCGAAAAGGAGGGAUGUUGAGAAGGAACGUCUUUUGCGGGCUGAUUUAUUGGCUUUAGAGAGGGCUGAGACAUCUUUUUAUCAACCUAUAGCUAAAGACCAGUGGUUAAAAGAGGGAUAUAUUGGUACCAAGUUUUUCCAUUCGACGGCUAUGGAAAACAAAAAGAGGAAUACUAUCAGACUUCUUAAGGAUGCGAGUGGGAAAAGGUUGGAAACCUUUGAGGAAAUGUCAACUGAGAUGGUCAACUUCUAUAUUGGCCUCAUUGGCACUUCUAAUCCUGAUGUUAGGGGUUCUUUGGUGGAGCAUCUCAAGGAGCUGGUGCACUAUGAUUUACCUUCUGGGGCUGCAGAAGAGUUGGAGAAGGAAGUUUCAGAUGCUGAAAUCAAGGAUGUUUUGUUCAAGCAGGGGAAUGACAAAAGUCCUGAUCCUGAUGGAUACAGUGAGAUUCUUUUUUUCGAACGCCUGCCUGCCUUUAAUGUCACGGCUAUAGUCCUUAUUCCUAAGGCUCUGAAUACCUGUCUGGCUAAGAUUUUUCGACCUAUUUCUUAUUGUUAUGUGAUAUACAAGACAGUCACAAGGAUUUUGGUCAUGAGGCUUGCAUUAUAUUUCACUGAGAUGAUCUCGCCUAAUCAGUCUGCAUUUAUCAAAGGGAGGAGUAUUGUAGAAAAUACUCUCCUUGCACAGGAAUUGAUCAAGGGAAGCUAUGGCUUGCUUGAGACCUUUAGAGGCUGGAUUAGAGCUUGUGUAACUACUUUCAAGUUUCAGUUUCUUUUAAUGCAAGUCUGGUCGGAUGUUUUAGUGAAACUCGGGAUAAUGAGGUUUUUAGGUUCCAUCCUAAGUGCAGAAGGAUUUCCCUUUCUCAUCUUUGUUUUGCUUAUGACUUGCUCAUUUUUUGUCACGGUUCCACUGAUUCUGUGCUUGGGGUUACGAGUGCUUGAGCAGUUUUAUGUGAUGUCUAGGCUGAAGCUCAAUGUGGCUAAGACUGAUUUUUUUGCUAGUGGCAUUGACAAUCCUAUCCUUAGGGAGAUGCAGGUUGCCACUAGUUUUAAGUUGGGGAUUUUGCCCGUGAGGUAUCCUGGUGUGCCGUCGGUCACUAGGAAACUUUCUGAGAAGGAAUGCUUCCCUUUGUUGGAGAAAAUUAGGGGCGAGCUUGGGUCUGAUCGAGGAGGACUUUUAGCAUGGAAGAUUGAGCAAAUGUAUAUGUACUUUUGGGAAGGGAGUGAUGAGCCUGCCAAAGAAGCUCGUGUGAGAUGGCAGCAAGAGUGCUUGAUGAAGUUUGAAGAGGGUUUGGGUAUUAGGAAUUUAUUGUGUUCGAACAAGACUUGUAGUUUGCUCCUUGUGAGGAAUAUCCUGAAUGGUGACAAGUCUUUAUGGAUAGCUUCGGUUGGGGAGUAUGCAUUCAAGGGGGAGGAUUUUUGGCGUGUCGAGUGUAAACCUCAUUUUAGUUGGACUUUGAGGAAAGUGUUGAGGCUUAGAAGAGAGGCCAAGGCAUUAUUUGAGGAGGUGGUUAAUAGAGUUUGGUUAAUAGCAGGUGGAUUAGAGUGUUGA